GAAGGUAAGUAGUGUUUGGAAUUUGCAAAUGCAAUUUGGUAUGUUCCAUCUAUCUGUCUGAGAGCAGAAGAGUAGAAUACUUAAACAUCACCUAUACCUGAUUGCUUUGUAGUUAGUCACUCCCCAGUGUCCAUUUUAAGUAAUAACCAAUGCUUUAAAUGUUCUUAUUUCAAAUUAUCUUAAGCAACAUUAUCACAUGCCCCCUUUUCAUUCUGAUAAACAUAGUAUGAUUCUUUUUGUGUGUGUGUGUGUGUCAUUGGUCUGAUUUUUCAGGAACAUCUAUAGAUGAAUACCCUGUAUACUGUUGUUCUCUUCUUGCAGCUUUUUGCCCACUGGAGUAGAAUUGACCCGCAGUACAGGAAGUGACGAGACAGCAGUCUAAUGUGCUCCUCUGAAACUGACUAGUACAUUAAAAUGAAGCUUCAAUAUACAUAAUGUAAAAUACAAGACACACGUCUGUUACAGGAUUCUUGCCCACGUCAGAAGCCGUUUGGACUUGCUCGUUCAGAGUCCAAACACACAGCUCUGGUCUGUACAACAACGGGCUCAGCAAGUCGUCAACUUAAAAACGAAUCGGUAUUGUGCUCCUCAGGCAGCCAAUACUGCUUUUGGAUAUCAGAGCCUGAACGCCAAGGGGCCUCCCGGUAAAAUUACAAGAACAGAUAGAUAGUGCUCGCUCAACAAAAAGUGAACAAUCAAUAACAAAACAAAUUAAUUGUCUAAACAAUUAAUACCGAUUUGUUUAAGUGUGUGGCGAACUAUAACUUAUAUUUUUAUUGUGAAUUGUAAUGUCUGAGUGCAGUUUAUUUUAUAGAUUUCAAAACAUUUAACAACUUGAGGGUUAUUAGAAUCUAUAUGUACGAAAACGCUUCAAUGCUUCACUUGAAAAAAACUGAAGAACAGUCACUAUACCUAAAACAUCACUACUCCUUGUUCACACCAGCAGCUCCAGCAUCUGAGUUUAAAUUUACGAAGCUCCCAUGAUCCUACAAGUUCCUUGUAUCCCUCUGGCCAAUCAGGGUAUUGAACUUUGUUUUGUGGAUCUGCCAUUGGCUGAGAAACGACGGAAGCGCGGUAUUUAAAGUUUCUAACUGCAUUUCUAUUGAGCGACAACAACAGAAAUGUCUUCUCAAAAUAUAUCUGUUGGUAAAAAGGACGACAAGGGGAAGAAUAUUCAGGUCGUUGUAAGAUGCAGACCUUUCAAUAAUGCAGAACGCAAAGCAUCUUCUUAUAGUGUUAUGGACUGUGACUCUGGGAGAAAAGAAAUUGUUGUACGCACAGGAGGAGUUGGUGAUAAGACGGCAAAGAAAACUUACACCUUUGAUAUGGUAUUUGGGCCUUCUGCAAAACAAAUUGAAGUGUACCGCAGUGUGGUGGUUCCUAUUUUGGAUGAAGUUAUCAUGGGAUACAACUGUACAGUGUUUGCAUAUGGGCAAACUGGAACUGGAAAAACCUUCACAAUGGAAGGUGAAAGGUCUCCCAAUGAAGAAUUUACAUGGGAAGAGGACCCUCUGGCUGGUAUCAUUCCUAGAACUCUGCAUCAGAUCUUUGAGAAGCUGACUAGCAAUGGAACGGAAUUCUCUGUCAAAGUGUCCUUGCUAGAGAUUUACAACGAGGAGCUUUUUGACUUGCUGAGCCCUUCGACUGACGUUAACGAGAGGCUGCAAAUGUUUGAUGAUCCUCGUAAUAAGAGGGGGGUUCUUAUCAAAGGACUGGAAGAGAUUUCUGUACACAACAAGUAUGAGGUUUAUCAGAUUCUGGAGCGUGGUGCAGCCAAGAGGAAGACUGCAUCAACCUUAAUGAAUGCUUACUCCAGCCGCUCUCAUUCAGUCUUUGCAAUUACAAUUCACAUGAGGGAGACCACUGUUGAUGGAGAAGAACUUGUCAAAAUUGGCAAACUGAACUUGGUUGACCUUGCUGGCAGUGAGAACAUUGGUCGCUCCGGAGCUGUGGACAAAAGGGCACGAGAAGCUGGUAAUAUCAACCAGUCACUCUUAACACUGGGCAGAGUGAUCACAUCCCUUGUGGAGAGGACCCCUCACAUACCAUACAGAGAAUCCAAGCUCACUCGUAUCCUUCAGGACUCUCUUGGAGGUCGCACAAAGACCUCGAUCAUUGCCACCGUUUCCCCUGCCUCUGUUAAUCUGGAGGAAACCUUGAGCACACUGGAUUAUGCUAACCGGGCAAAGAACAUUAUGAAUAAGCCUGAAGUGAACCAGAAACUCACGAAGAGGACACUCAUCAAGGAAUACACUGAGGAAAUUGAACGCCUUAAACGUGACCUUUCAGCAGCUCGAGAGAAAAACGGAGUGUAUAUUUCUUCUGAAAACUACAAUUCUAUGAACAGCAAAAUAGUAACCCAAGAAGAGCAGAUUUCUGAGUUCAUAGAGAAGAUUACAGCAGUGGAAGAAGAAAUGAAACGGGUUUCUGAGCUAUUUACAGAUAGUCAAAAGGAGCUUGAGCAAUAUUCCUCAAAUCUCCAAGAAAAGGAAAAAGAACUUCAGAUGACUCAAAACAAUCUGCAGCAGACCAAGCAGAAGCUGUCUGAGGAGGUGUUUGUUGUCUCAGCCUUGAAGACCACCGAAGAAGAGCUUUAUGGAACUGCGGAGAAGUUGUUAACCACAGUUGAUGUCAGCACCAAAGAUGUAUCUGGCUUGCAUGCCAAAUUGGAUAGGAAAAAAGAAGUUGAACACCACAAUGCCAAAAUGCAGGCAAGUUUUGCAGCUCAGAUGGACAGCCUGUUUAACCAAAUGCAGAAAUCUGUUGAACAGCAGAGCCUCAAGCAUCAGGGCAUGCUUGAGUUCUACACCACUUCAGUUGGUGAUCUUCUUAAUGCCAAUGCAACAGCCUUCAGUGGUACACUGUCCACUGUUGUUAAGUCUUUUACAAGUGUCAAAGAAAUCGUUAACACUGAAGUAACAAAAAGUCUUGACGCAAUGCUGAAGCAGGAGUCACUGUGUGAAGAAGCAAAGAGCAGUCUUCAAAUGUGCAUGGAAGAGCACAAGGCUGAUAUGGAGGAAAUGCUUCUAGCAAGGCUAUUGCCUGGAAUUAAUUCUGUACUGCAGUUGAACAACUAUCUGAAGCUAACUUUUCAGAAUCAUUCAGCAUUGGCUGAAAAGAUGGAGACCAUGAAACGGGAGAUGAGAGCAUUCUUCAGUGAACACGGACAGGCUCUCGCUAAAGUGCGUGAAGACACCGCCACGAUGCUGACCUCUCUCCAGGCAGAGCAUGAUGCUUUGAAGCAAGAAGUCAACAAAGCAAAUGACAAGCACACAGAGGGCAUAUCAGAGUUGAUUUCAUGUCUACAAAAUCAAUUGAAUCUUUUGGCUGUGGAGACUCAACAGAACUUUAAAAGUGUGUUGAACAAGACUGAAGGACUGCAAGCUUCAACGGGUUCUUUCCAGCAAACCAUGGAGCAGCAUUGUACAAAUGCAGUGGAGAGUGUUAAUUCUCAGCAAAACAAGUUUGAGUCUUCUGCAGAUAACCUGAUUAAUGAGAUCCAGCAGGCAUCCAGUGAGGGGGUGAAAGUCAUAGAGGAGUCCAUUGGAUACUGCACACACUUGAGUACUGCUGUUGCAAGGCUGAGCGAAGAAACUGAGAAAUGGUGCAGCUCCACAAACUCUAACAUUGUGUCCUUUGCAGACAGUCAGCUUUCCUUCCUGAAUGGGAACAGGUUUUCAGUUCAGAAUUUACAGCAGGAUGUGGUCGGGAGUUGUGACUCCCUGUCUACCGAGGUGACUGAUCAGAUAAGAGGGCAGCAAGGCUCUGCAGAGAAUGCACUGAGUGUCUUUGUGGAACAGGUUGGGAGUGAUAAGGCGAUGCUUAUAGACCACAAGAUUGAGCUUGGGGACCAGGCACAGGAAGGCCUGCAAAAGGUUCUAAGAUUUCUGCAGGAGGAGCUCAAGCAAGACGUUCCAACAGGCACCACUCCGCAGCGCAAAGAAUUCCACUACCCAAGGAUCUUUUCUAAAACCAGACCACGGGAAAUGCUGCUUGAGCAAUUCAGACAAGAGAAACAGGAGCUGCAGGCUGCUUUUAAUACAUUUGAGCCUGUCAAGGAAGAGCAAGUUGAUCAGGACUCCUUGGAAGAUGGUGCAGUAAAUGAUUUUAAUGAAAGCGUGUUGAGUGAAAAGUCCUGUAUCGAUGAUAGUAUAAUGUGCUAUGAGAAUGGAAGAGCCCCUUUCUUCUCGCGCAAGAAGAAUCAGAAAGAAAAGGAAAACCACGCAUCUACCAGCCUGCUUGAUAAAUCAAAAAUAUCGGAGGCAAUGGAACGGUCCAUGACCAGAUCUAAAUUACCUCUCAGGCUGCAGAACUAAAGGAGCAAGCUUUUUAAUUGGUUAUUCCAGGAGACUUAUUUUCUCAUCUUUGUUUUCUGUCUCUUACACUUUAGAUUUUCUUCUACAUGUGUUCUUAGUCUUCUGUCGUCAUACCUGAAACCUAAUAUAAUUCACUCAAAUCUUAAUGCUGUGCAUUUGUCAGUCUGGAAUUAAAUUAAAUGUAUUUAAACAGUACUAUAAUUUUAAAAAUAGAAUUGUAGACUUUUUAAAGAGAGAUCUGGUUAUGUAUGUAGCUACCACAGACCCAUUGUGGAUGCCUCUUUCCUUUUAUAUUUAACUGUUGUGGUCAUUAUCAACAAACUUGUAUUACUGUAAUGAUUAUUCUGAAACUUGUACUUGGUUGGUUAACAAAUGUGGGUGUCUUUAUAUAAUAUGCAUUGUAUAACACAGUAUUUUACAUUAAGUUUUAAAUUAUUUCCUUUUCACCUCCCUUUAUGUAUUAAUGGCUAAAGGUUACAUAUGGGUUAUAUUGAGACUAUUAUAGUGUUAAGGGCAAACACCCUGGUUUCUGCUGUGUUGUAUAAUCUGUUAGUUUGAAAUUAAUGGAACACAUUUACUGUUGUAUUCUUGAGAUACAUAUACACACUGUACAG